UUCUGGACCCUCCCUCAUCCCUUCAUCCUCUCUUCCCUCCUCCUUUAAUUUUGUUCAUACCUCUCCUUAAUCUCAUUCGAGGUAUCGUCUUGGCUCCUGUAAGCAGCUCAGGUGGAAACACACCUCAGACUAAUGAAAGGAUUUAGUUUGAAGGAGCCAAAAUAAAACAACGUUUUUCACUUUAUUUGCACGAACUCAUCAGAUCUACAUGUUGUUUCCUGCUGCUGCUCGAUCCUCUCAAAGUUCAGACGCUUUAGUUUCAGUGUCUUUACUUUUUUAUUUUUUUUUUUUGGGACUCACGGCUUAAAUCGAUCCGGUUGUUCGUCGGAACAUGUGGUGUUAUCAUCCUGCCGGGCUGUGUGAUAAUGUGAAGAGCAUUAAAUAUUCAGUUAAGAGGAAGCUGAGUGUCACGACAUUAUCUGAGAUGUCAGGCGUUUAUUGAUGACUAUCCUUUAUCUGUUGGAGCUGAAACAAGGACACACACACACACACACACACACACACACACACUGAAACCACUGGGAGUAAUAUUAUUUGUCUGAUAGAUGCAGUCUAUUUGUUUCAUGAAUUAUAGAUCUUACAAAAUGUCAUGCGGAGCAAGUUGUCUGCCGCAGCUCGCUCGCUGCGUGCAUGACAUCACCUUGACAGAUGAGUCCUCUCAGCAGCACUUUCUGGAAGUUUUAACUGGGGGAACUCAAAGGUUACUCAAUCAAUAGGUGAAGCUUUUUAAAAAGCUUGUUGUUUCCUCUGCUGACCUCAAUCGUUAAUUAGACAGAGUCUGCAGCGUUGACGCUGUGUGCUGCCGGUGCACGAAUGCACGCAGGCUGCUAGUAAACCUGAGGAAUAAUCUGUUUGCAGCACGCCGUCCUCCACAGACGGACUUAAACAGAUUUAAAGCCCUCCAUGAAAUGUGCUCUGAUGCUUUAAGUUAAGCUAUGGGCCUCUGAUUUAAUUAAAACAACUCGAAUCAGCGUGCAGAAAUAGAAUUACAAGCAGAAAUAAUUCACUUUGUGUGAAUGCAGAAGCACUCUCCGGCCGUUAUCUUUUAUCUUUUCCCUUUUUUUUGUUUUGUGGAGAUCCGUCAGUGAACGUGUAAAGGAGAUGUAAGACAGAGAGAGGAGGAUGUCUCACUGCCAUUAACCUGAGACCACCCUCCCGUCUCUCUCUCUCGCUCCACCUCCCUCACCCCCCCUCCUUCCUUCCUUCCUUCAUUCAUUCAUUCAGACCCGGCUCUGGUGGUGGUGGAGAGGAAGCUGCUGCCCCCUCGGGGGAUUUGGUAUCAUAAUUAUAUAGGAAGCAGAGCAGUCUGCCACUGUCUGUCUGUUGUUGCAGCCUUGGAGAGAGGCUGCAGGCUCGGUCACACAUGUCCCGCUAAUGUGCAGUGAGCAACCGGUCAUAACAUGGACACGGAGCUGUCUUUCUGACACAGUUUGGAAGAGUAAGAAGAGGAAGCAGCCAUGUCAGAGAAGAAGCCUCGAGGCUCGGACACACGUCCCAAAUGUGGCCUCCGCAGUUGGAGUGCAGACAGUUACGUUUGGCGGGGGAAGAAACGCUCCAGGAGCGCUCGCAACGGGUCAACUCCCGGAGGGCUGGAGGCCGAGGGGACGGAGGAGCUGGGCGUGCGGUCGACGUCCUGCCCGAGGAGGCGCAGGGAGAGAAAGUGUAGCUGCAACACUUUUGGAGAUGCGUUGACGACGGCAGACAUUGAUGUGGUGUGUCGGAAAGCCUUGUCCCGUCGCUCUCUGCGGCAGAAGUUUCAGGACGCCGUGGGUCAGUGUUUUCCUCUGCGCUCCCACCAUCACCACCAUCAUCAUCAUCACCAUUCAUCGGGCUCCUCGAGGCCCUUCUCGGUGCUCUUCUGGUCCAAACGCAAGAUCCACGUCUCAGAGCUCAUGCAGGACAAAUGUCCCUUCUCGCCCAAAUCUGAACUGGCCCGAUGUUGGCACCUUAUAAAAAAUCAUGCCACCCACCAAAAUGCCCUGAAGGACAUGGAGGCUCCGCUCAGACCCAACGUCUCAUCUUCCUCUACCUCCCCACCACAGACCCCCCUUUCCUGGGAGGACAUCUGCUGCUCUCCUGGUCCGGAAGGCACCAGUCUGGAGGACUGGGAUCCUUCUUGCCCUCAUGGGGGAGCAGAGGGCAUCUGUGGCCACACUGACUACAUCCUGGUCCCAGAUCUGCUCCAAAUCAACAACAGCCCUUGUUACUGGGGUGUGUUGAACCGCUUUGAAGCAGAGGAGCUCCUGGAGGGCAAACCAGAGGGAACGUUCCUGCUCCGAGACUCUGCCCAGGAUGAGUUCCUCUUCUCGGUCAGCUUCCGGCGCUACAGCCGCUCCCUGCACGCUCGCAUCGAGCAGAACGACAAGCGUUUCAGCUUCGAUGUGCGAGACCCGUGCAUGUACCGGGAUCCCAGCGUGACAGGACUACUGAGACACUACAGUGACCCGGCCACCUGCCUCUUCUUUGAACCUCUCCUUUCCCGGCCGCUAUCGAGGACCUUCCCUUUCUCCCUGCAGCACCUGUGCAGGACUGUGAUCUGUAGCUGCACCACCUACCAGGGCAUAGACACCCUGCCGCUUCCACCUCAACUCAGGGACUACCUCCGACAGUACCACAUUAAGUGUGACGGGGCCUGCGCGCUGUGACACUCCAAAGAAGGCAAACAUAGGACAAGCAAAGGUCGGUUCUCUUGGUAUCUGGUGCUCUCCAAGUACCAUUGCCUUUUGCAGAUCUUUGAGGUCUAAAAAGUGCAGAACUGGAGAGUUUUUUAGGAUGGUUGUUGGACUUGAUGCAUCAAGAGAUAGAAUAACCAGACCUACAACGGCCUGAAUCCGUAUACAGAAGGAACACAUUGACGAGAUGUCCCUUCAACCUGGAUUCAGGUUUCUGGUCGUCCAGUUAGUGAAGACAGGGUCAAUCAGCUGGGACAAGAGGGCAACCACUGGGACACUAAUUAAGCAAACACGUCCCAAAACAUUUGCCUUAAUGCUUUAUGGAGUACAGAGACUCAACAAUAACAACAAGACGCUGGACUCUUGAGGCUCUCUUGACUUCACUUCAAUCAGGGUUGUCUUGUGUGGGCAUCUUGUAUCUCUCCACUAGAGGAACUGCACCUUUCAUGGCAAACCAAACCUCCGCUCAUGUACCUUAAUAUCAUAAACAUGUGAGGUUUCAUUGUAGUCCUGCAGGUACAGGGACUCCAACUGCAUCUAGUAAAUAUCCAAAGAUUUGAAAUUCUUCGUUAACUUUCCAACUAAAUAAAAUGUUUUGACCUCUCUCAACUGUUGUAGUCUAACGAAUGCUAAAAACUCAAAGUCUCAUCCAAAGUCUGUGUGAAGAUUGAGGUUGAUUGAAAGGUUCAAAGUUGGUUCAUGCACUUCUGUUGGCAGCCGGCGUGGCUGACGGAAAGACACACACACACAUUAUGACUGUAAACAUUUCAUGUAUGCCUCUGAACCUUCCUCUCUGCGGCCACACGAUGGCGGCACAGCUGCACAGAUCAGAGCUUUGAGACAACUUCAUCUCCUCCGCUUGUCUUUACAGACGCUGCUGCCUCUCCGUUCAGUCUGUAAACUGGUCAUUUAACAUCACCUGUGCCUCUACAGCUUCGAUGUAGAAUAUUCUAUAGGACUAAGCGCUAUUCUCAAAGUAUCUGAAUCACUGUGAUUCUUCUUAGAGCCAUAUACUGUAUUCACAAACCAAUAAAUGCCAUUUACACUGCUGUUCCCGUCUCUUGUGUUGUUAUUUCUUUUAAAUCUCUGGACUGAUU